UAUUCAGAGGUUGAGAGGAUGACAAAAGCUUAUGCUCACAAACUGGGCCAUGGCAGCAAUGGUGAUGUUUACCGAGGCAACCUCCGUGACGGCUGUCAGGUAGCGGUGAAGGUGCUGAAGAACAGCAAAGGUGAUGACAAGGAGUUCAUGAGCGAGGUCGCCAGCAUCGGCAGAAUUUCUCAUGUCAAUGUUGUUCCUCUACUGGGGUUUUGCUUGCAAGGCCCGACAAGAGCUCUCAUCUACGAGUACAUGCACAAUGGCUCCCUUGAAAGCUAUGCUUUCAGCAACAAUGACUCUGUAGAAGACAAUUAUUCGCUAUGGCUCUACUGGGAGAAGCUGUUUGACAUCGCCAUCGGUGUCGCGCGGGGGCUGGAGUAUCUCCAUGGACAGGGCAAUGCUAACAUUCUGCAUUUGAAUGUCAAGCCCUGCAAUGUUAUGCUGGAUCAGGAGUUAUGCCCAAAGAUAUCUGAUGUGGGCGUGGCAAACUUAUGCCAUGGCAAAGAGAAUAAGAGGUCCACUGGCGAUGCCAGGGGAAGAGAUGGCUAUGAUGCCCCUGAGGUAGUGUCCAGGAAAUUUGGAGCAAUCAGCAGUAAAUCCGAUGUCUACAGCUACGGCGUGAUGGUCCUUGAGAUGGUGAGGGCCAAAAGGAACAUCAGUGUUGGUGCUGAUACCACCAGCAAGUAUUUUGCUCAGUGGCUAUAUGAACACCUGGAUCAGUUCUGCAAUAGUAUUUCUGACAUCAGUACUGAGACAAGGGAUCUUGUGAAGAAGAUGAUCAUAGUUGGGUUGUGGUGCAUACAAACUGUGCAAACGAACCGGCCUUCGAUGUGCAGAGUUGUCGAGAUGUUGGAAAGUAGCAGCACAGACUUGGAAUUGCCAGUAAGGAUCUCUUGAGGAAUGGAGUCAUGGUUGUAACUUGUAAGCAUUGUUCAUAUCAUGAGCAGUGUCUGUGUGCUCUUAAGAUAAACAUGCUUGUGGAUUUGUAUCUUCUUCUUUUUUUCUGGAGAGCU